AUGCCAACCGUGUAUCUUUUGAGAGAGUGCAGCACGAGGUGUGGUAAAACGAACGACAUUCGGUUCCACAAGUUACCGGACGAUCCACAGCGAAGAUCGGCCUGGCUUCGAGCCAUUGACCGCGAUGGCCCAGACGACAUCGGUAGGAGCCAGGGCUACCUGUGUUCUCAUCACUUUUUAACUGGGGACUACGAUAUGAACAUCGAAGAGCGGCGAAGCCUUGGCCUGGAAACGAAACGGGGGCGUCUGAAGCCAGAUGCCGUGCCCACGCAACAUCUCUGGUUCGAUGCACCACCAAAAAAACGAAGGUCUGAGAAUCUCAACGGCUCACCGGACGUCGUUAACAUGACCGUCGAAGAAGGGCCGAUUCCAUGUCGAACAGUAGACGGCUGGACACAAACGACCAAAAACGCCGUCACAGCUCUCCGUCAGACUGACGGGGGAGACGUCCAAACACAGUUUACGCAGGCGAGCUUCUCUGUUUGGGCAAAGAAAACUGUGGGUGUGCAGACAGAUACACAGCAGCCGACUGGCAAAUGCAGACAAAGGGAUAGCAACAUUGAAGAGGUCCUCCCGGAGAAUGACAGGAAAUUCAUCGUGUUCGAGACAUCUCUAAAGGAACUCUUCAGGGUGUGCCGGAAGUGCGAUGCACCAUUGGAAAGCAUCAAGAAGAAGCUGGCUGCUCAAACGAAGCGUGCUGGAUGUGGCGUGCUCGAAGUCUGGAUCCAGCCAGCCAGCAGCCAUCUCUUCUGGUGUGCUGCUAUCUGUGACGGCAGCCAAGACUUGCUCGUCGACAUGUGGCGGAGCAUACAAGCCCACGUCAUCAACAUACACGAGGGCCACCCAGGUCUCUACACACACUGUGUCCAUGAUGACCUCAGACACAGAAUGGCUCGUUCCUGGUAA